AUGGUGCCACUUUAUUUUUUGACCUGCUAAAUAAAACAGCGGUACCGGGGUUGAACUAACUUCAGUCAAUCCGAAAAGACCCCAAUGGAUCUCAUACUCGAUAUCGCAGACACCUACUUCUUUGACGCGGCUUACCAAAAACUUUUCCCGCUAGCUGCCUUUCCAUUUGAAGGUACAGGGUUUAAUGUCACGUCAACAACAGUAGAAAGUACACUUUCCGCUUGGCCACGGUCAUAUAUGCCACGACAAAUCCUCUCCUUGAGUGUUCUGACCUUAAUCGGGAUACACCUCCUCUAUUUCCUCGUCGCUUCCUUCUCGUAUUAUUUCAUCUUCAACCACGACAUGAUGUUACAUCCUCGAUUCCUGCCUAAUCAAGUCAGGAAGGAAAUUCGGACUAGUUUGAAGGCUUUCCCUCUUAUGACGCUGUUGACACUGCCGUGGUUUUUGGGUGAAGUUCGUGGAUGGUCCAGGUUAUACACGAAUGUGGACGAUAUGGAUAUGAGCCUGAUAGGCGACUUCGGUGGAUGGGGAAGUGCUGUGUACAUGGUGUUCAGCGCAGUGUGGUUCCUGGUUUUCACCGACAGCUGCAUCUAUUGGAUUCACCGUUUGUUACAUCAUCCGCUGCUGUAUAAGCCUCUGCACAAGCUGCAUCACAAAUGGAUCAUCCCUACUCCAUUCGCAUCACACGCGUUCCACCCUGUCGAUGGAUACCUCCAGUCUGUGCCCUAUCAUCUAUAUGCAGUCCUCUUUCCUAUCCAUCGACUCCUAUUCCUUGGACUGUUUGUCGCGGUCAAUUUCUGGUCCAUUUUUAUUCAUGAUUCGGACAUGAUAACUGGAAAUCCACUCGAGAAAGUCAUCAACGGUCCUGCUCAUCAUACCUUACACCACAUCUACUUUACGGUCAACUACGGGCAGUAUUUCACUUGGAUGGACCGUGCAGGAAGUUCGUAUCGACACCCUGACGCAUCUUUAGACCCGCUGCUGGAAGUCCAGAUGCAGGCGAGGGCAGCAAGAGAAGGAAAGACCAAGUCGGAUUAAUAAUUUGUGCUCGGAUGGGGUAUUUAUUUUGGGUUGGUAGGCGAAAUCUAAAGAGCUAAAAGUCACAUGUAUAUAUCUUUGACGAACCAAUAUUGGUCGUCUCUUAAUUUACACGUUUACCUAUGUAUUCCUAAAUAUUUCGCUAGAUGCUUGCAAUUAAACUACACUCGCGGAUUCAAGCUUCAAGCUUGACCGGAUGCACAUU